AUGGUGCCUACUGCAACAUUCGCGGCGUAUUGUCUGUACAAUUGGCUUCUCAGAGAUGCAAACACUACUAUGCGACUAGAAACCCUUUCCAAGGACGUUGAUUUUACGGGGCUUGCCGAAGAAUCAUGGUUCUUCGGCAUCUUUGCGGCAAUCGAGUGGAUUGAUGCUCGAUUUCUCCAUGACACUAUGCCGUUUUUCGAUCGCAUACAGCAGCUGUCAGUCUUGGAAUUCCUCCACUCUACCAAACUACUCACCGAUUAUAUUCGGGAGAUACAGGCUAUGCUGCUUCGAAUGCGGGAGGGAUGUGAUCCAGAAAUCGUCUACUGA